AUGGGCGAUCGUGGGAAUGUAUUUUACGCGCCUACGGGUGAGACGACCGAAUGGGAAGACAUUCUUGUGAAAAAGGGUAUUCUUGCACCCAAGACGAAGGUACCGGAUGAGACAGAAGAAGAAGAAGAAGACGUGGAUCCACGUGAAAAGGCGACGCUGGACGAACUGGAGGAGAUGGAGGAUGAUUACGAUGAUGAUGCUGAGCUUGCACGUAUACGUGAACGACGUAUACAGGAGAUGAUGGCACAGGCAUCACGUAAUAAAUUUGGUGACGUCCAUUGUAUUUCCAAGGACGAGUGGACCAAGGAAGUGACGGACGGGAGCAGUGAGCAUUGGGUGAUUGCUUAUCUCUGGGACGAAGCGCUCGAAGAGUGUAAAGUCAUGGACCACGUACUACGUGAAGUGGCCAAGAAGCACCGAGAUGUCAAGUUUGUGAGUAUUCAGGCUCAGGCUUGUAUUGAAAAGUGGCCAUCACGGAAUUGUCCGACGCUCUUUAUGUAUCACAAAGGGGUACUUCAGAACCAGCUCUUGGGCAUCCGGAAGCUCAAUGGACUUGACAUGAAGAGUCAAGAUUUGGAGGAAUACUUGGCCAAGGCCAAUGUUUUUCAAGUGGAUGGUUGA